AUGAUAUCCCCCCACCUCCCCCUCCGGCUCCGCCACCUCCGCCGCCUUCUCUCCACCGCGCCCUUGUCCUCUCUCCCCUCCGCAUACUACUCGCACCCCUGCUCCCCGCCGCUGAACCGCACUAGAACCCCGCCCCCGCGGCCCCAUCUCCCAGACACCCCGGCGCGGCGGUUCUCCUCGCCCGGGCACGUCCUCCUCCCCACCAACCUCCAGGAGCAGCACGUCGCGUCUCUCUCGGACAGGAUCUACGACGCGGUGUCGGAGACAGAGGAUGGCUCCAACGAGGGCACGGAGGCGGCCCUCGACGCGCUGGGCGCCUCCCUGACCACCCCGCUCGUGGCCGACGUCAUGCACCGCCUCCGCUACGAGGAGAAGCUGGCCUUCCGCUUCUUCGCCUGGGCCUCCCAGCAAGACAGCUACGAGCACGAGCAGCGGACCUACAACGACAUGAUCGACAUCCUCUCCGGCACGCGCUACAAGUCCCGCCAGUUCGGCGUGCUCUGCGACGUGCUCGACCACAUGAAGCGCCACGGCACCAGGUCGGUCCCGGUCGAGGACCUGCUGGCCAUCCUGCGCGCGUACACGGAGAAGCACCUCGCCAGCCUCAGGAAGCUGGCCAAGAAGCGCCGGGCGCGGAUGCGCACGCCGCCGGAGACCGACGCGCUCAACAUCCUGCUCGACUCCUUCUGCAAGUGCGGGAUGGUCAGGGAGGCGGAGACGGUGUUUGGCCGCGUGAAGAGGAAGCUGCAGGGGAACGCUGAGACGUACAGCAUCCUCUUCUUUGGGUGGUGCCGCGCGAGGGACCCCAAGAAGGCCAUGAAGGUGCUCGAGGAAAUGAUCCAGAUGCAGCACACCCCGGAGAACUUCACCUACAUUGCUGCCAUCGACUCGUUCUGCAGCGCUGGCUUGGUCUCGGAGGCAAGGGAGCUGUUUGAGUUCAUGAGGACCGAGGGGUCGAAGAUUUCGUCCCCCACUGCUAAGGCGUACUCUAUUAUGAUUGUGGCGCUAGCAAAGGCUGAUCAGAUGGAUGAGUGCUUUGAGCUGAUUUCAGAUAUGACGAAGCGUGGCUGCAUGCCUGAUGUAUCGACCUUUAAAGACUUGAUUGAAGGCAUGUGUUUGGUGGGCAAACUCGAUGCUGCAUACUGUGUCUUGGAGGAGAUGGGGAAGGCUGGGUUUCCUCCUGACAUUGUCACUUACAACUGCUUUCUUGAGGUGCUUUGUAGUCUUCAAAAGGCCGAUGACGCGCUCAAACUCUGCGACAGGAUGAUACAAGCAUGCUGUGAGCCCAGCGUUCAUACUUACAAUAUGCUGAUGAUGAUGUUCUUCGCGAUGAGAGAGCCACAUAGGGCGCUUGAUAUUUGGAUUGAGAUGGACAAAAGAGGAUGCCGACGUGCUGUUGAUACCUAUGAAAUAAUGAUUGAUGGGCUGUUUGACUGUGGAAGAGCAGAAGAUGCAACCGCUCUUCUAGAUGAAGUAAUAAACCAUGACAUGAAACUGUCCUACAAGAAGUUUGAUGCUAUCAUGCUGCAAUUAUCAGCUGUUGGCAACCUUGGCGCAAUACAUCGGCUUUCGGAGCAUAUGAGAAAAUUUUACAAUGUUGCAAUGUCAAGACGUUUUUCCAUCACACAAAAGAAGAAGAGCAUUGGUAUUAGAAGGAGAUGAGUUCUGCAGGAUU